AUGACCUCUGCUGUAAUAACCAAUGCAUUCUAUGCGAAAAAACAAUUCUAUCCAUCUGUUGUCUAUCUGACGAAAUCAAGUACAAGUCUUGCAGUUCUUUAUCUUCAGGCAUUAGUGUUUGUUGUUCUGCUCGGAAAAGUUUUACAAAGAAUAUUCCUUGGUCAAUUACGAGCCAUUGAAACUGAGCAUCUGUAUGAUCGAACAUGGUUUUCAGUAACGGAAACAUGUUUAGCAUUUACUGUUUUUCGUGAUGAUUUCAGUCCACGUUUCGUUGGUUUAUUCGCGAUUUUAUUAUUUCUAAAAUGUUUUCACUGGUUACUAGAAGAUCGAGUAGAUUACAUGGAACAAAGUCCUGUUCUUGGUCCGAUAUUUCACGCACGUGUGAUCAGUUUAUCAAGUGUUUUAUUUCUUCUGGAUUAUUUCUUCGUCAUAUCAGCUUAUUCUCAUACAAUAACACGAGGAGCAUCUGUACAAAUUGUAUUUGGUUUUGAAUAUGCAAUUCUUCUUGUUGCUGUUGUUUCAACUGCUAUGAAAUACAUUCUUCAUACAAUUGAGAUUCGCACCGGUGAACAGUGGGAAAGUAAAGGUGUAUUUAUGCUUUAUUCGGAUCUUGUUCUUGGCUUUUUCCGUGUGUUACUCUAUAUGAUAUUUAUGAUUGUUAUGAUGAAAAUUCACACAUUUCCUCUCUUUGCUAUUCGACCAAUGUUUAUUGCCAUGAAAGCAUUCCGUAAAUCAUGUAGUGAUGUGAUCGAAUCACGACGAGCUAUCCGUAAUUUAAAUACUAUGUAUCCAGAUUUAACUGCAGAGGAACUUGCUAACGUAGCAGAUACAACAUGUAUCAUAUGUCGUGAGGAAAUGCAGGUACAACAGAGUAUUAAACGUCUCGGUUGUCAACAUAUUUUCCAUAAAAAUUGUUUACGUUCGUGGUUUCAACGACAGCAAACUUGUCCUAUUUGUCGAACAACGGUUCUACGCCCCGCAGCUCCUCGAGCAGCCGCUGCUGGAGCAGCAGGAGGUCAACAACCACAGAAUCAACAAGCACAACAACAACACGCUCAAGUUCCCAAUGCUGGAGUUCAAGUUCCAUCAGGUGCUUCAUCUUCUGUACCACCUUCAUCAGCUUCAGCAUCGCCACCUCCAUCCUCGGCAACUACUUCACCAAUUCCACCCAUUUUUAAUUUCACGCCAUUGAAUCCAACAGCUGCUCAAGCAUCGUCACCAACUACGUUGUUUUCGCCACCUAUGUCAUUUCCCAUGGUAUUACCACCAUUUGCUUUUCCACCUCCACCUUUACCACCCGUGAACUUCACAGGAAUGUCAGAAGAAGCAAUUCGAGCUAUGGAAGGCACAGAACUAGCACACGUUCAAGCACGUAUUCAAUGUUUGCGCAAUGUAAGAAAUCUACUAGAUGCAUCAAUGACACAAAUGCAGCAAUACAUGAAUAUUGUAUCUACACAAAGUAAUAUGGAAAAUAGUUCACAGAUAUUAAAAAAUCUGAAAAAUGACGUUGAUGAAACUUUCACUUCACCAUUGAAUCCAGUUGUCGAAGAAAACGACACUGAUCUCAUUCGUCGACGUCGUUUAGAACACUUAGCAAACCGAGGGACAACAGCGUUCGGAGACAAUCAGGAUGAAAAGAAUGACAAUGCUUAA